AUGCGUCUAGCCCUGCCGCGGCGAGUGGGCCGGAGCAAGCAGGCCCAUCCCGUUCAGGAACCCGUUGACCAUGGGGACGGCCGCUACUCGCUUCGCACGCGUCAGGCGCGACAACUCAAUCCGUACGAGUACGACAAGCGGCUGUACAAGCAACAGAUGCGCGCGAACCCAGAGGCUAUUGUCAAAGUCGUGAGCCCACCCCGGCCGCGACGGCACCACCGCUCUACCAGUGCGGGCGCAAACGACGCGGAUGGCUCGUCUGGCGCCGAGGAUGAGUACCACGGCGGGGCAGAAGACGAUGCCAGCUUGGUUCAGGACGAGCGAUGGGAGCGGAGGCUGCUGAAGGGUAAGGGACGCGCUGGUGAUUCGAUGCCGGAAGAGCGAAGGGGUCGCGCGGAGAAACCGGCGUGGCUGCCGGACAUUCUGAAGGACCUGUCGAGCGGAAGCAGCAGUGAAGAGGACAAUGCCGCCCUUGAUGCGCUCGCCAGACAGUAUGAGAGGGAGCGGCGCAAGAAAGAGAAAGAGGAACGGCAGAAGGAGAAGGAGGAGCGGCGGAAGAAACACAAACCUCACCGGUUUCCGCUCAGUAAGAAGGAUAUGCAGUCGUCCGUGUCUCCAGCGCGAAUGCAGCACCAGAAAGAGGCCUCGCGAGAGCCAUCACCGCCCCACCCCCGUACUCAACCAAGGCCACGCCCCCGUCCACGCCAACGCGUCGCGUCCUCCCCCAUCCAAGCAGACGAACCCGCGCCAGAACAAGCCCACGAACCAGAAGCCGGUCCUUCCACCACCUGGAACAGACACCGCAGCGUCACCUUCACAUCCCCCGUCCGCAGCCCGCCUCACGACGCCUUCUCCGGGUGGGACGAAGACCUCCCCACCUUCGACGACGGCCUCGCGCGCCCUGACAGCCCCGUGCCCCUGCCCCCAACGCCCGCCGCGGGCACAGACGACGGUACGAGCUCAGAGGGCCACAUGCCGCCCCCGGUAUCGUCCACCCCGCCCGACGUCAUUGAGGUCACCUCCGACGAAGACGAGGAGCUCAACCUGACACUACGUCGCCGGCCACGCGCUUUACCCAUCGGCCUCGAGUCCGGACAGUCCGAAUCCGAGUCCCCCUCCGGGUCAGGAUCGGGCUCUGGCUCCCGCUCGGGUGAGGAGUCGAUGGCCGAGGAGGACCGCCGGCGCAUGAAGGCCCUCGAGCGCAUGAUGCCCAAGGCGCUCAUCAACCGCCUCAUGCAGAAGCAGAAGGACUCCGCGGCGCGGCGCGCGCACCGCUCCGCCUCGCGCUCCGAGAACCACUCCCAGGAGGAGGAAGAGGAGGAAAGGCCGCUGCGCCCGGGACAGUCCCGCAGGCGUAUUCGCAGCCACACGCUGUCGAGCCGGAGCAUCGAGAUCAGGGGGGACUCGGAGAGCUCGGACGUCGACAUGGCGGAUGCUGACGUGGGGGCACCGUCGCCCGAGCGUGGUACUCCCGAGCCGCUUCAUCUCAGAGAGAACGCGCGGAUGUCUGACGCUGAGGCGGACGAGAUCAGGCCUGUUGGGCACCAGCCGCGGCCCCGCGCGCGGUCGUAUGGGGGUCCCCGGUCCCCCAUCUCGGUUUCGGACACCUCAGAGCUGGGGAGGCAGUCUGAUGUGAGCGACAUUAGUAGCAGCAGCAGCGAGGGCGAGGAUGCGGGACCUGCGCGAAGGCGGUCGAGGUAUGAUGGCGAGGCGCGAGAGGGCGACUUGAUUGACCGGAUGUUGUCGCGCACGAACUUAUCGUCAAGAACGCGUACGAAGCGGAAGCGGAGGAGGCAUACGGGAGCUGGAGGUGGUGGCGGCGGCGGCGGAAGUAGGGGUCAUGGAGGAGGGAGCAAUGGAGGUCACCGCGCCCAUGGAGGUGGCAGUGGAAGCCAUCGUGCACGUGUAGGAGGUGGAAGCGGCGGAGGUGGGGGUGGUGGGCACGACGGACGCCUGCAUAUCACUACAGGAGGCGUGAAGCGAUAUGGUCAAGGCCAGCAGACUUUGCUGCCUUUCAAGCGGCUGCCAACGCCUGACUCGGCCGCAGAUGAGCACGUCUACUCUCCUGAUCCCCCUUCGCCUCCAUCAAACCACGUCGAGUUUGGAGAGGAAGCGCCGCAGAAGUCCAAGGCGAAGAAGCAGAAGGGCAAACAGAAGUCCGUGGCAGGGUUGUACGUUUUCACGUCCGGAGGAGCCCACUUGGUCAGCGGGCGAACGAACUCGGCACACGUUACAGUCGACCAAGAGUCCGCGGCUCGCGGGGGACCUUACAUGCGCGGUGCGGAACCCCAGGCGCGACACAAACACAAGUCCAAAUCGAAGGGGAAAAGGCCAUCAUCCAAAGCCGGGCAUGCGCCGACACUGGAGCAAUACUGGACGCUUGGUGUGGGCGGCGACGGCGGCGAGGAAUCAGACGAUUCCUUCGUGGUACCAGAUGCGCCCGCGGCCCAUCCCCAGCUGUCGCAACAAACCCGGGCUAUCGAGAGUCUGCACCGAGUCACGGUUCACAUGGACAUCCAUCCGCUUCCAGCAGGUAUCGCGUUCCCCAACACGACGUACCUGGGUCGCGGAUGGCUGUAUGAGCUCGUCAACCUCCUUCCCGGAACGCAUGACGUCCCGUCCCCGCCGUCCUGCUCGAUGUUUGACUGCGCUCUCCACCCAGAGAUGGCCGUGGACGUCUUCAACGCGUGUCUGGACAGCGUCUACGACCAGGUGCGCAACUUGAUCCUGGGUGCGUCGAACCCCGCGGACCACGAGACGUGCAGCAAGUGGCAAGGGUUCCUGCACGCACUGGCGCAACACCUCUCCUGGCUGCUCGCGAAGUCGGACGAUGGGGCCCAUGCCGCAAUGCUGACGGACACUCAAUCGCUGGUCCAGCGGCUCUCUAGCCUGAUGGAGGAGCCUGUGGAGGUUCUACCAGACGACGAGAAGCCAAACCCGCUCGUCGUGCAAAUCCAAUGGUUCUUGGUAGAGGCAAGCUGCCGACUCGCGUGCGCCCGUCGUCGAAAGAUGGAGGUGCCCGACCUGGACAUGGUUUCUUCGUGCGUCAAGGCCCUCAUGUCGAAGCUCUGGGAUUUCAGCUUCGGCGACGCUGCUCUUCCUAUCGAGCUCAGCAAGGAGGGGCUUACGACGGUUUCCGAGGGACAGCAGGUUGCGGAGCUAUGGACUUGCCUACUGAUCCUCGCCAACGACCAGAUGUUCGAAUCCUCGUAUCUGCCCCAUGGCGCUUCGUUCUGGACGCUGUACCUGCAAGUUCUCCAAACGAAGGGUCUGCAGACACCUCAAACGGACCUCAAAGCGCGCGAGGCAAUGUGGCGGAGUUUCUUCACCUUAUGUGCGCUCUCCCAGUUCUCGCUCCACGGCAACUCGUCGAUGGCACCUCGUCUCCCCGCAUCUUGGCAAGUGGUUGCCUCCGUACUCGAGCGUGCACCACUGGCUGCGGAUCCCGUGGUAGACAAGGCCAUCCCCCAUCGCAUCCUGCGCAAGCGGGACGAGUACGUGCGCGUGCUCGUCUCACGGUGUCUCUGGCUCAACUUCAAGUGGCACUGGCGGCUCGACGUCGACGACACAUCGCUCGUAUUCAACCGACUUCUGGACGUGUUCAAGAGCCGGCGAUUCGCGAGCCUCGAGGACGAGCCGAGCGACUACCCUGGCUUCCUCUUGCACAACAACCUCCUACUUCUCCACGAGAGCAACCGCAACGAUACCGCGUUCACGUUGUUCCUGAAACUGGUUGUCCGCGCCGCCGACGAGUUGCGCAAGCAGAAUCCGGAGCUCGCACGGGCGCCCACUAUCCCCGCCCGGCUUAAGAAGAUCCUCUCCCUCGCGGUCCCUGUAGGUUCCGUGCCGUUUACGAAAGCAAGUCCGCCCACCAUGCGCGAGCUGUCGAUGCUGUACAACAGGUUCAGCGCUGUUGCUGUGGCCAUCUACUUGGAGCCCACACUCGCCAACCUCAAGUACCGGUUGUCGAACGCGCGACGCUAUGUCAACUUCGAGGACACAGACGAUGAGACGCGUCGAGCUUGUAUCCGGGGCGCUAUGCAACUUGGCAUCCUCCUGCGCCACCUCGAUCUGCCCCUAACGGACAUACUGGACUGGAUGGCGCAGAUGACGAACACGCUCAUCGACGAGUAUCAGGAGGCGGACCCAGCGAAGGGCAAGGCGACCGCGUCGGCUGUCUCUAUGACGUGGGUUGUGGUCUCUAUUCAGCUAUUGCUUGGGGGUAUCCGGCGUAUCUUGGAGACUGCAUCCAUGAAUCCUGAAGAGAAUCGGCACAAGUAUCCGGAACCUGCCCUGCUCAAAGGACCAUGGGUCACCCGUGUCUUCUCUACGUCGACGACCCUUUCCUCCAUCACGUCCACAGGAGACCAGAUCCGCCGCUUUGUGCAGGCAUUCCUCGACGCCCGAGCACUCGUCAUUCCUAGGCCUCGUCGCCCCCAACCCCGGGUGGUCACGGAAGAUAGCCAGGAGAGCCAGUACGACUACGACCAGUUUGAUCUCGAUCUAGACGACCCUGAGCUGCUGGCUGCCCUCGGCGAAGACGUUGGCACUUCGGAGCACGCGCAGAACAAGGAGAAGGAGAAGGCCGUCUGCGAGGUCAUCGACAAAGUGAUUUCGCCCGCCAUCUACCGCCUCGUGUGCAAGCACUUCAGCGAUCCCGCUUACCAGAAACCUGGAGAGCUCCACUUCAACGAUGCUGACAACUGGAUCGACUGUUGGGUGGGCUGUGCCAGUGUUGUGGUGCAGAACGGGAAGAAGGACUGGAACUUCUACUUGAGCUUUGGGCCGCAGUCUUGGGAGACGAUCGCCGACGCAACAAGGCGGCGACGUGUCGGCCUCCGUUUCAUGUACAUGCUGCUCCAACUCGACUCGCCCGCUUAUCUGACUUAUACCGACCGCUUCAUCAACGUUCUGUUCGAAUGCUUGGCCGCUCGCGUAGUCACGCUGGAACAUGACUACGCCUCACUCCUUUUCUCAGUUGAUAGAUUGCAUCAUCCGCUCUUGCAUGAGCUGCCGGUCGGUGACCCAGGCGAAGACGGCGAUUAUCACUUCACGAAGCACGAGUUCGCAGAGAAGCGGCUUGCGUUCCUAGAAAGGAUGCUCCGCAACCUUUCAGACAACCUCAACGCCGAGGCCGAGGGAGAGAGCAGUCUCACGGCGCACAACAACAUCCACAUCACCUCGGUCAUCGGCUUCAUGUCGGCGAUGAGGGAUAUUCUCGAUCACUUGGAGCAUGGCACCCUCCAACGCACGACCUACCUCGAGUUCUGCAAAUCCGUCUUCGCUCUCCUCUCCGCACUCCCUCGACUCAGCACCCACCCACGACUCACGACUCUCAUGACCUGGCUCCGCGACGUCUCGCAGUAA